GAGGACCUGAAGAGGGGGCGGUGCAUAACAAAAAGUAAUGGCCAUCUAUUUGGGUCCUGAAGAAGGAGGGGUAUUUCUCGUCGGACUACCGUAAGGUGUGCUUGAGUUUUCUUCAUGUUAACGCGUACGUUAGCCCGUCAGUGAGACCCCGCUGCGCCUCAACCGUGUUUCCGUUGAACAGCCGUUGGCCGCGGUCACAGAACGGUUAACGGCUGGCUGAACUUGGAGCCGUUUUAGGGUUAAAGCAGCCAGCUAGCCACGCUAACGUUAGCUAACUUACUACCAGCGCCGCGGUGGGAGCCAGCGUCUGGAAGGGCGUACGAGUUUGACGUUUUCUCCCCAAGUCUCCUCACAUUUCUGAGUUUAGUGCAACGCAGUCCUCUUCCUCCCCGUAGCUAACCCACCCAGGCAACAACAUGGAGGGGACACACUUUGCACGAGCAUGAAGGCGACGACAAACGGCGACUAAAGAGGAUUAAAAAGCAACUCGGUCUUGAUGGGGAAAAGUUGAGCUGAGGAUUAACAACUUGGGAUAAACUGAAGAAAGGUUUCAAGUCUAACCUAUUGUACAAGGGCAUGCUAAAACCUCAGUGAUGGAGUCCACGGUUGUGAGUACGUCCACUCUGGCCCCUGAUGAGUUCGACAGGAAUGUGCCGCGGAUCUGCGGUGUGUGUGGUGACAAAGCCACCGGCUUCCACUUCAACGCCAUGACCUGUGAGGGCUGCAAGGGUUUUUUCAGGCGCAGUAUGAAGCGCAAGGCCGCCUUCACGUGUCCCUUUAACGGCAGUUGCACCAUCACCAAGGACAACAGGCGCCACUGCCAGGCAUGCCGGCUCAAACGCUGUGUGGACAUUGGCAUGAUGAAAGAGUUCAUUCUGACAGAUGAGGAAGUGCAGAGAAAGAAGGACCUGAUUCAACGGAGGAAGGACGAGGAAGCACAGCGUGAAGCGGAGAGGGAGGCGCGGCGGCCACGGCUUACUGAUGAACAGAGUCAGGUCAUUGCCACGCUGGUGGAGGCGCACCACAAAACAUAUGACGACUCCUACUCUGACUUCUGCCGCUUCAGGCCUCCUGUGCGUGAGGGCCCAGUGACGCGAAGCGCCAGUAGAGCUGCCUCUCUCCACUCUCUGUCUGAUGCCUCCUCUGACUCCUUCAGUCACUCUCCAGAGUCUGUAGACACCAAAAUGAACUUCAACAACCUGCUGAUGAUGUACCAUGAGCAGGGCAGCAGCCCUGACUCCAGCGAGGAGGAGGGCUCCAGCUUCUCCAUGCUGCCCCACCUGGCUGAUCUGGUCUCCUAUAGCAUCCAGAAGGUUAUUGGCUUUGCCAAGAUGAUCCCUGGGUUCAGGGAGCUGACUGCAGAGGACCAGAUUGCUCUGCUCAAGUCCAGCGCCAUUGAGGUGAUCAUGCUGCGCUCAAAUCAGAGCUUCAACCUGGAAGACAUGUCCUGGAGCUGUGGUGGGCCUGAUUUUAAAUACCAGAUCAGUGAUGUCACCAAAGCGGGCCACACUCUGGAGCUGUUGGAGCCGCUGGUGAAGUUCCAGGUGGGCUUGAAGAAGCUCAACCUGCAAGAGGAGGAACAUGUGCUGCUGAUGGCCAUCUGCUUGCUUUCUCCAGACCGCCCAGGUGUGCAGGAUCACGCACGGAUCGAAGCCCUCCAAGACCGACUGUCAGAAACCCUGCAGGCCUACAUUCAGCUUCACCACCCAGGGGGACGGCUGCUUUAUGCCAAGAUGAUCCAGAAGCUGGCCGACCUGCGCAGCCUCAACGAGGAGCACUCCAAACAGUACCGCUCGCUCUCCUUCCAGCCGGAGCACAGCAUGCAGCUCACCCCGCUGGUGUUGGAGGUGUUCGGCAGCGAAGUCUCCUAGAGGCUGCCUCUGAAACCUCAGUGGUAGAGAGGAGGCUGGAGACAAGAGCCCUGGGUGUAGAAAUGGAGGGAGAGAGCUGAGGAUGUGCUGGAUGGACUAAAUGGAGGUGUGGAGUAUGAAGCACGUGGAAGAGAGAAAGUGGUGUGUAUGUGUGUCUGCGUGCAUGUGUUGGGUGUGUGGAUUCAUGUUUGUCUCGUCUAAAGAAGUCUAUCUCGGCUUAAAGGCCAAGGUUGUGUGGAGAGCAAGCAGAUAUUAAGAGAGACAGUUAACAAGGAUACUUCAUAUAAUACAAAUUAAACUAUACACACAGUACAACUUCUGCCUAUAUACAGUGUUUUGUCUGUAUUUAAAUCAACAAACAGCUGCUUCAAAUGCCUGGACAUUUUGUGUGUGUAUGUGACGUGCACACACCAACACAACAAACAUACUCAGUUAUUCAUUUAGCCAUUCAGUUGAGCUACCUCUUGGUUUUACUGGGGUUGUUUUAUAUUUACAUCACCUAUGUGAAA